AUGGCCAUGUGCCAUGGCCAUGUGGACGUGUGGUGUGGACAUGCAGAUGGGUGGUGUGGACCUGUGGACACAGGUGACAUCACGGCCAUGUGGACACGCAUCAUGGACACAUGGACGCAUGUCACGGACGUGCAGAUGGGUUGUGGACCUGCGGACACAGGUGACAUCAUGGCCGUGUGUCAUGGCCGCGUGGACGUGUGGUGUGGACCUGUGGACACGAGUGACAUCACGGCCGGGUGGCUGCGUGUCAUGGCCGGCUGGAGGAUCACCACCAUCCGCCUGGGCAAGCACAGCCUCUACACGCGGGAGUGGGGGGAGGCGCAGAAGAUGGUGCAGAAGUUGGUGGCCCACCCUGACUACGACCCCACCACCAAGGACAACGACAUCAUGCUGAUAAAGCUCCUGACACCCGUCACCCUCACCAGCAGGAUCCAGCCCAUCCCCGUGGCCUCCUGCCUCCCUGAGCCCGGCACGACCUGCACAACCUCAGGAUGGGGGGCCACCAGCUCCCCAGAAGUCUCUUACCCGGACGUCUUGCAGUGCGUCAACGUCACCCUCUUCUCCACCGCCGAGUGCGACCGGUUGUACCCCGGUUCAUUAACCGAGAACAUGCUCUGCGCCGGAAGUCUCCAAGGCGGUAGGGACUCCUGCCAGGGUGACUCCGGAGGCCCCCUGGUUUGCAACAGGACCCUCCAAGGUAUUGUCUCCUGGGGCAUGGAGAAGUGUGGGCAACCCAAGAGACCUGGUGUCUACACCAAGGUCUGUAGAUACGCCCAAUGGAUCCAGAAGACCAUGAAGGAGAACUAA